GCGGGUCAAGUGCCGGUCUUGGGUUUAUUCUGGAUAUUACCACCCCACACAGGAACCAGUGUUGCCAGUGUCAGUGUUGUGUUGUGUGGCGUCACUGGAUACAUGGCCUCCGGUAAAACUGCCAGGAGUGGCGGACGGAGAUGCUGAGGGAAGAACGCCACAGAAGGAUGUCCUGGUCGCCGCCCAGAGCUCGCACCAGGCCUCGCCCACCAGCCACAUGACGUGAACGUCGCACACCAUAGUCAGAGUUAGAUUUAUUUUUGUACCGAGUAAACAAUGGAGGAAGUGAAAAGUAGUUCGGCGCCGGAGUCGCCCGCGAGGACGCCACCGCCCUCGGGGCAAAACGCGGACAUAGUGAUAGAGAACUACAUGGAGCGGCUGGGGACGCGACUGGGGGUGCUGGAGACGGAACUGAGGUACGCGUGGCGAGCACUUGACCUGCUUUCCCAGGAGUAUAUCAAGAUGUGGGAGCGACUCGAGAAACUAGAGGUGCUACUUUACGAACAACAGAGUGUAAUUUCACAGUUGAUCGAAUUCUACUCCUCCGUCGAACCGAACGAGACCGAAAUGGACUUGCUCGAUAGGCCGCGCAUCAUUCAGGGUAUCAGUUCCGUGGACGAGAUUGGUCUGUUGAACACUGACAUGGCGUUGUCCACGUCCGCCACGCAGUUUAUUUCAGAACUCAAGCUCCAAAUCGGAGCCGACGGGGAGGCGCUCAGUCUUCCUGACGAGUCGUUUUAUAGGAGUUUGAAUAACGCUUAUAGAAACGAUCUAGGUUGUCCGAGCAGUUCCAUGGCCGCCUCCGGCUCGUCUCAGUUGGGAAUGAUCUGGGAGGAAUCGGAGGAGGACAGCAAUGGGACUACGAAACGGGAGGAAAACAAAGACUUAGUAACUGCGCCCUCGGAGCCAACGCAAGUGUUCAGUUCAUUAGAUUAUAAGGAUUACAGGGGUAGCUCGCCUUGUGUGAGCGAUCACGAUUUAGUACCGCUAUCUCAGCUGUCAACCGUAGAUCAGGUGGCGUUGGAGAAACUAAAAGAAUUAGAUAGGUUAACGACCAAGCUUCAAAAAGAUUCGCAAAAUUUAAGGGAACUACAGGACAGGCUGCUCGCGGACUCGCCAAAACAUAAGUAUUCGAAAGAUACUACUGACGUUUCGGAAAUCAACGUACGAGAGGAUAAGACUAAUGAAAUAGAUGACCAACUUAGGAGAAUGUGUGCUGAAACGGAACUAGAAGAUUGGGGAUUCAGUACAACGACGAGAGCGAUCACUGACAUGUUGAUGAUGAGCAGCGCCGAGGCAGCAGCGUCGCCGAGACUGGCUGUUGAGGAACCUACUCAUGAUCCUAGUAAUGUGUCGGGCUUCAUUUCUACACCGACCUCUCCUAGAAGGUUCUUGACGUCUCCAAGCAUAAUGUACUCUUCAACUAGCCGGUUAGCAGGGAACGGUUCAUCCUUAAAUGACAUUGCCUCGUCGCAUAGAUCUCUCCCACUUUCUCCAAAGUCUGAUAGGUUAAGUAAGUCAACAUACCAGGCAGAUCCGUCACUCGGAAGAGAACUUUUUUCAAGUGGGGCCAGAAAUGAUGGAGUUAGUUUUUCUUUAUCGUCAGAAAGAGUGAGCUCUCCAACGCCUUCCCUGAUACGGACCAGGCAAGACGGUUAUAUUGACGCACCUCUUAGAGACGAAGAGGAUUUAGAAGAUUCUUUAAAACAAAACUCCUGUAGUCCUCCUCCGCCAGCUCCAAAAGAUUCAAGUAUUUACUUAACGCCUAGUGAACAUAUUGAUGGAAUGUUAAGAAAAAGUCCGAUCAGUAUGUUUAAUUCUCAGGGUGCUUCUGGAUCUUCAGUAGAAGUUCAAGGUAGGAGAAGUCCAAGAACUCCCCAUUCUCCAAAAUCUCCUAGAUCGUCGCCAAAACAUGCAAUUGUUAAGUCUUCAUCGACGCAUAUUGUUACAGCUAAGUCUGAUUCUGGUCUAUCUUCAAUGAGUGGGUGGUCGAGUUUGGAGAAGUCUCCUGACGGUUUGAAUUCAAAAACGCCCAUUUCAUAUGCAUCCGAGAAUCUCGCACAUAUUGGGAGAAUCUCCCAACAGCAUCCUAUCAACCCACCUUCAUACUCAACAUGUUCUGUCUCGGUGCCUACCACGUAUGUUGAUGUUUCUGACUACAGUUAUGGGGACGAUAGAAAUAACAAUUAUAACCAUUUGCUGCCUGGAGGCUUAAGAACGUCAGCCUUUACAACCGUUAGAACACCUACAACAUUGCCAGGAGAUGUUUUAUCAAAUCAUUCUGAUAACUCAAAUUUCGUACCACCACCCGCUCCCGAACAACCGUCGUCCGCAUCAAAAAGACGUUGCAGAUACGAUUACGAUAACUCAUCCGUACAAAAUGAAUACUAUUAUUACAACGACCAACCGGCCAUAUAUUCUGUUGCUGGAAGCCAUAGACAAGACUUUACUUCAGUUUAUACCAGUGGGGCCGCUAAUUACUUACCCACAACAACGGUUUCAAGCUACCCCGAUCUUAUCGGUCCUCAUGCGUCACAAGAUCAAUACAGCAGUUCUUCCUCCUCAAGUUACAGAACCAGCCACGAACAUCGAACCCAGUCAAUAAGCUCGUAUCCAAUAACCUCCACGAUACCUGCCAAGAGAAUUUUGACUCGAGGAUACUCGACUGGCUCCGUUCCGUCAGGAGGUGGAGUUUCAAACAUGGAGGAGUACAGAACCGCUAUGUAUAGAACUAUGUUUCCCACCGGAAAUAUAACAGAUGCC